AUGAAGGCAGCACAAGAUCGUCAAAAGUCUUAUGCCGAUUUGAAACGACGUCUAGAAGAGUUUGAAGUAGGGGAACAAGUAUUGUUAAGGGUAUCGUCGAUGCGUGGGGUGGUUUGUUUUUGUACUCGUGGAAAUUUAAGUCCUCGAUUCAUCGGCCCUUAUGAAAUUUUGGAACGGGUAGGUAAGCUAACUUAUCGGUUAGCUCUCCCCAACUCUUUGGAGAAAGUUCAUGAUGUUUUCCAUGUGUCCCAGCUAAAAAGAUACCUUGCUGCGACAUCGCAUGUUUUGGAUCCUAAGACCAUGGAGCUUGAUGAGAAUUUAUCUUAUACGGAACAACUUGUUCGCGUCCUAGAUACAAAAGUCCGUAAUACUCGCAGAAAGGAUAUCACAAUAGUGAAAGUACUAUGGGCAAAUCAUGAGCGCAAGGCGGCUACUUGGGAAACUAAAACCUUCAUACGUGAAAAAUAUCCACAUCUUUUCCAGAAGAAUUAUGUCAUGAGUUAUUUUCUAGAGAUCCGGAGAUUCCCGAAUAGGGCAACCUUUCGAACUUCUGCUGAAUCCAUGGGCAUCUUUUCUCAUGAUUACAAUUCUUUAACAAAAUUUAAUUUGUUAGAGGAAUUUUUGUCAUGA